GCGAUCUAUAAGACGGUGUCGCGAGGGAACGCAGCAACCAACACUGCCGGGCCGGCCCGAUCGUACUCGCCGCGGUUUGAUCGGUGUUCCCUCACGCCUCGGGCGGGAUUCGGCGUCCCCACCGGAGGCCCGCAAUUACCCGCUCCAGCGGCCAGGUCGGAUUCCCCCCCAGCCACGACUACUGCUAUACCAACGUCGCUGCAGCCGCUUCUUAACAGCUUCUGGAAAGCCGUCGACUUGGUUCGUUCGGCGCCGCGACCUCGAUUGCCGGCGGCUUGGCCGACACGUCCACGUGAUGUCGACGCACUCUGAACGGCACGCCGCCACCGGUAAGCCGUGAAAGCGGUGCCGGCUAAAAAGAGCUGAGAGACGAAGGGAGAGAGAGGAGAGAAACGACGCAAAUGGACGAUACCACCGAGAACUGGCCCCGGCGGCUGCUCCGGCAGCGGGUUGUUCGGCUGACGUUAGCCUGCAGUUCGAUGUUCGGCGUGAUCGCAAGCGCAGUGGUCGCGGCCGUACUCGCCUACAGCGGCAACCUGCCCGGAUUUCGCAAGUUCCCGCUAAGAACGUGCGACUCUGCCGACUGCCUCCACGUGGCCGAAAUAAUCAGGGCUGCGGUCAACGCGUCGGUCGACCCGUGCCACGACUUCUACGAGUACGUCUGCGGCUCCUACGGUGACGUGGCCACGGUGGACCAGAUUAUGGCUGUGUCUCUACGCACGGACAGCAUCUUCAAGGCAAUGCUGAGCGCCUCACUGGCCAACAGGACUACGCCGCCAGUGUCCUCGGCUGGCCGCAAGGCUAACGCGCUCUACAAAUCCUGCCUAGAUGUAGUUGCCAAGAAGCAGAAGGACCUGCCUGUACUCAUGGGGUUUCUGGGCGCCCACGGCUUGGAACUGAGCUCAUUGGACGCAAAAGAAAGUGCCCUGGAAGUCAUAUUCCGGCUGUACUUCCGGUAUGGCAUCACGGCUGUCUUCGCGUUCAACCUGGCCGAGUUCAUCACGAGGAACUUCAAGCGCGAACUUCUGCUCCGAAUCGACAAAAACCUGGAGGCAUGGUAUAACUAUCGCUCGAAGUUGAUACAAACGAACUCUAUCAGGUACUUUAUGACCGCGUUCUUGAGACAAUACGGAGACAAAUUGAGCACGAUCAUGGAGACUAUUUACGCUACGGAGACCAAGGCUCACAUUGCCUUGCGGCAGCUCUCCACCCGCUUCGGUCGGAACACCUCCAAUUUCUACUCGGUGGUAAUUAGCUACAUUGGCACUUUCACACCAAAUACGGUGACGCGCGAGGAAUGGACGCGCUUGAUACUGAAGUACGCCGGCACCCUGUACACGGCCAACGACCGGAUCCUCGUGGAAAAGCGAGCGAUGACCUACCUGCAGACGUUGUACGCAACCAUCGGAUCGAAGGGGCUCAAGCUCCUAGUGGCCUGGAGCCUACUUCGCACCUACGCCGGAUACGCAGACGAGUCGGUGGCUACUUUCCUCUAUGGCAACUACGAGCAAGAGUGCCUGACGCGAGUAGACAGACUCAUGCCAGUGGCCCUCCACGCCGAGCCGCUGUUUGCGGUGGCGCCUGCCGAGUCAGUGCGAGCGGCGUACGAAAUCGCGGCCAACGUCAGGAAAGGAGCUAAGACAAUGUUCGCCGACUCUGCGUGGCUAGACAGCCGUGCCAGAGCGGUAGCCCUCAGCAAGCUUUCCCGCAUGGUCUUCCACAUGGGCUACCCGGACGGCCAGGACUCGCCAUCUGCCCUGGACUCAUACUACGAUGACCUCGCCUACCCGUCGGGACCGUUCUUCACUGCGUGGCUGAACGCUUCGCGGCAGCACUUUCGCAAGCUGCUCGACAAGAGCACGGGCCCGGUGUUCGUCGUGAACGAGGUCAACGCCUUCUAUACCACAGGUACCAACCAGAUCGUCGUGCCCGCGGCCUUUCUGCAGCGUCCACUGUUCGUGAGAGGCGCGCCGGCCUCGUUCAACUACGGCAGCCUGGGACACGUCAUCGGCCACGAGAUCAUGCACGCGUACGACGUGCGCGGCAUCAACAUCGACGAGGAGGGGUUCGCGGUCUCCUGGAUGCUGCCUGCGUCGUUGGAGCGCUACGAGGACAGCGCCCGCUGCGUGCGGAAAGAGCACGACAGCGUCCUCGCCUGGCGCUCCAUGGUCUUGGUGGACGAACUGGACUCGGAGAACAUCGCCGACUUCGCGGGCGCCCGCGCAGCGUACCAGGCGUUCCGCAGCCUCUCGGGAAGCGUGAGGUUCGUCCGAGUGCCGGGACCAUUUUAUCCGGAGCAGCUCUUCUUUAUCGGCUUCUGCCUCAAGUGGUGCGAUAGCCACUUCUACCGCAAGAGCAGGGGCAGGUACGCGCCGGGGUACGCGAGGUGCGUGGUGCCCCUCCGCAACAUGCGCGAGUUCGCCGAGGCGUUCCACUGCGAGCGCAACACGCGCAUGAACCCGGAGAACAAGUGCUCCUUCUGGUGAACGCUCGUGCAAACUCAUAGCCAUUCUACGCGAGGCAUCUAGAGUGAUGACAGCCGCCUGCGCGCGCACGUCGGUUUGCCUUCUGCCUCCGAACACUGUCAGUGGCAACUGCCGUCUGUAUAGUUACGCACGCUUUGUUGGCUUGGUUUCCUCUGCUGCGAACUCCUUUUCAUUUCCAUUGCGUAUUACCCCCUGUGUGUUUCGGCCGUACGUUGAGUGUUGCACGCUUCUCGCCGAGCGUUUUGAAUGCCCCCUUCAAUUACGCGCUCGGUGUUAAUGCGCGCGUGCUUUGUAGAGGAGUCACGCGGUUGAGUUGCGCACGUCGUGACUCCCGGAAGUCACGCUUUAUUCUUCAAAUUUCCUUGUCGCCGCCAGUCGUGCUCGUUGGCGCGCAAACACCCGACUACGCCGCCUUCAAUUCGUCCGAACGAUCGAAUAAUCUGACGAAAUCUGUCACGCACUUUCUUCCGGCCGGUUCUUUCCAGCUCGCGUCUAUUUGCAUCGAGCGCCACCGCAGCUGCACUUUCUCUAAUGGCUACGUCGUUACCUCCCGGGUUUCGCGAGCACCGUGCUGCUGGUUGUGCUCGAGUGGCUCGAUUCGAAACGGCGUCUCCCGUUGUUACUCCGAAUGUUUACUCGUGAUCAUUUUUAGCGAGCCAGUUUGGCCGCACUGUUGACAACCGGUGCGCCGGUGACCUCGCGACUCCCGUAGCUCGGCAUCUGCUCAUCAUCAUCACUGUCCUGAUUGAUUUAUGUCCCGCUGAAUAAAAACUGAAAGUAACAAGCCGGCGGAAAGUGUUCGCACACCGAUGCGCUAAGCGAGUGCGCUGGCACUAACAGCUUGAAUUCCGAGUGCACAACUGUAACAUCUCCCUGUGCGAGCCAUGGCAGCAGUGUCGGUAUUGAACUACACUCGUUUCCACCCCAGCAGCAGUCGCAUUGACACGUGUUUCCAUGAGCUAUAUGGCUAAUGUGCUUACGAGUAGUCUUACGCCGUAAUCUAUUAGCGUAGCACGGUGGGAACUUGCCCACCUGCUCCGCGCCAGAAGUUUCAGACAUGCGGAAAGUUGGCGCCCUUGAUUAAACGAUGCAGCUCUCACGCGCUCAUGAUAAAUCAUGCAAAUACCGAUGACCCAAUACAGUGUGACGACGCUUCGUGUGAUAUAGACAGUCAGAAAACAAGCGCCUGUUAGGCACUGCUAUUCGGAAAAUUACUGCGAUAACUAUUGAUCGAGGUUGCCUGUUGUGCAUAAUAUUCAUGAAUGUCGCGUAGCUCUGAUGUUUAUUAGUUUCACAGUGCCGAUUUUGUUCUCGUACUUGACCAAACCUUACGUUAUGAGGCUUUAGCUUAUGCGGUUUCACAAGGCAUGACGAAUUUGUUUCCGAAAGUUUGCAUAACUAAUCUGUCGCAUGACUCGUCCUGGACAUUUACGCCACGCGCUCGAAUUGUUUACAUCCUUCAUCGAC